AUGCGGCUGAAAUGUGUGAUGGUGAAAAUCAUUGAUGAACGAAAAUUUGCGUUUAUUGAGGGUCGCUCCAUGUUGGAUAGUGCGGUUAUUCUAAAUGAGGUUGUUCAUGAAGAUAAACUUCGUAAGCGUUCAACUCGCAUCUUUGAAGUUGAUUACGAAAAGGCUUAUGAUUCAGUUGAAUGGAGUUUUUUGCUGUAUAUGCUGGUGAGAAUGAAUUUCAGCAAUAAAUGGAUUAAUUGGGUUCGUAGCUACCUUGAUUUAGCUACUAUUUCGGUCCUGGUUAAUAGCAGUCCGACUGAACUAUUCAAUGGGCACAAGGUUGGUACGAGUGCGGAUUGUGAAGUUACGAUGCUUCAAUUUGUUGAUGACACUGUGUUUGUGGGGGAAGCGUCAAUAAAAAUUGUUAUUGUGCUUAAAGCUAUUCUCCAUUGCUUUGAGUUGACUUCAGGGCUCAAAGUAAACUUUAACAACAACAAAUUAGCAUCUAUAGCAGUUGAGCCUGGUCUUGAACAGAAUUUUGCAGCGAUUCUUAACUGCAAUAUUAUGGCGACCCCUUUUGUUUACUUAGGCAUACCAAUUGGAGCUAGACCUGACUGUCGUAAAACAUGGGACCAAGUCAUUGCAAAAUUCAGUAGCAGGUUGUCUGACUGGCGACUGUUCAAUGGGUACAAGGUUGGUACGAAUAGGGAUUGUGAAGUUACGAUGCUCCAAUUUGUUGGUGACACUGUGUUUGUGGGGGAAGCAUCAAUAAAAAAUGCAGUGGUGCUUAAAGCUAUUCUCCGUUGCUUUGAGUUGACUUCAGGGCUCAAUGUGAACUUUAACAAAAGCAAAUUAGCAUCUAUAGCAGUUGAUCCUGGUCUUGAACAGAGAUUUGCAGCGAUUCUUAAUUGCAAAUUUAUAGAAACCCCUUUUGUUUACUUGGGCAUACCAAUUGGAGCUAGACCUGAUACCGAAUCUAGCGGGUUGGGUAUUAAAGGUCUAUCUAAGAUGGCACUACUAGGCAAGUGGCUUUGGCGAUGGCGCACAGACGCAAACUCUUUUUGGUGUCAAGUGGUUAGGUCCAAAUAUGUUAGUGCGUGCCCAAAAUAUUCAGCUUGGUGGCGCGAUAUUGAUGCGGUUUGCCAACUUAAUGAACUAAAUUGGUUUGAUGGUGCUGUUUCUCAAUCAAUUAAAAGUGGGGAUGCUACUGAUUUUUGGCACGACGAAUGUAUAGGGGAUAAAUGUUUGCGUGGUACUUUCUAUCGACUUUAUAACCUUUCCAGGCAGAAGUGGCAUCGUGUCAGUGAUUGUUGUAGUUGGGAGCAUGAGAGGUGGCAGUGGAAAUUCUUGUGGAGGAGACCUCUAGUAGGGAGGGAAUUGGGGUGGGAACAAGCCAUGCUUAAUGUGAUUGGGAGAGUGCAAUUGUUUGAAGGUGUCCCGGAUGCUUGGUUGUGGCUGCCAAGUAAUGAUGACAUUUACUCUGUUAAUUCUGCUUAUCUUUUCUUGCAGGAACCUACUUUGUUUGAGUCUGAUCAAGAUUUUUUGAAUAUUUGGCAAUCUUUGGCUCCGUCUAAUGUGAACGAAUUUGCUUGA